GCUGCACAUAAUGUGUAGCAGAGGAAGAAGCAGUUCACGCAGGUGUUUACGUUUUUGUACUUCCGUAGCUCCCUAAAGUGGAAUAACGUUACCGAUCUGACGUUAAGUCAAUUAUUUCACAAGAAUCUAUUGACCAUGUUUCAUAUCAACGUUAGUGUGAGAAAAGCUUAGCAGAUUAGUAUGAUUAGGGUCGUUUGCUGCCCGGUAUAGGUUCUGUGUAACGAGUAUUCCUCAUCAUUCAUCGCAACCAAAGCUAAAGCUAACGGUGCGUUAGCAGCGGGUCGCCGGGAUUGGACAAAUUUGAUAAAUCAUCACCUGAACCGCACUUUGCCCACUGUUAACUUAGUUAUCAAGGAAGGCAGUCAUGGCCACUAGGCGUCUGACCGAUGCCUUCUUGUUAAUGCGGAACAAUGCAAUCCAAAACCGGCAGAUAUUGGCUGAGCAAGUGAGUACAUACGAGCCCCGUCUGAGUACACGUAGCAAUGCUACGGAGCUUGAUGAGUUGGCUGAUGAUCAAAUGGCCCUGGUGUCUGGGAUCAGUCUGGAUCCUGAAGCUGCAAUUGGAGUCACCAAAAAACUGCCCCCCAAAUGGGUAGAGCGGGUUGAUGAGAUCCAGUAUGAAAUCACACGGGUACGGCAGAAGAUGAAGGAUCUGGCCAUACUUCAUGACAAGCACAUGAAUCGUCCCACACUGGAUGACAGUAGUGAAGAAGAGCAUGCUAUAGAGAUCACUACUCAGGAGAUCACACAGAUGUUCCACCGAUGCCAGCGAGUGGUGACAGGUCUGCAGGCCCGCUGUGGCCACUGCACCGAGCAGGAGGAGCGACUGUUGAGAAAUGUGGUGUCGUCUCUGGCACAGAGCCUGCAGGAGCUGUCCACCAGCUUCAGGCACACACAGUCCAGCUACCUAAAACGUAUGAAGAACCGUGAGGAAAGAUCAAAGCACUUUUUUGACUCGGGACCCCUAAUGGAAGAGGAUGAAGAUUUAGCUCUAUAUGAAAAGGGGUUCACAGACGAUCAGCUGAUGCUGGUGGAGCAGAACACAGUUAUGGUAGAAGAACGAGAGCGUGAGAUCAGACAAAUCGUCCAGUCCAUCUCAGAUCUGAACGAGGUUUUCCGGGACCUGGCUGGGAUGGUGGUGGAACAGGGGACCGUUCUUGACAGAAUCGACUAUAAUGUGGAGCAGGCUUGUGUUAAAACAGAAGAUGGAAUGAAACAGUUGCAAAAGGCAGAACAGUACCAGAAGAAAAACAGAAAGAUGCUGGUCAUUUUGAUUCUCUUCGUCAUAGUCAUUGUUCUAAUCGUUAUUCUUUUUGGAACAAAGUUUUAAUUGUACAUUCCUCUGGCUUUUGUUUUUUUGUGUGUGUGUUUGUUGUGCAUCUGCAUGGAUUUGGGAGUCGGUCUCGGUUCUACUUAAAACAAAGUUGGCUGCUUUUCAUACCCACCAGGAAAUGUCAAGAAGAGUUCCAUGUCUCUCUGCAGGUACACGCCAUGUUAUGUGGAGAUGUUUUGUGGUUGAUUUUAAUGGAUGAAACUAUCAAGAGUCAGUUUGAGAUGUGGCUGUCUCACUUCCACAUAGCUAAGACUCUGUGACAAAGGUCUGUCAGACCCAACCAUGUUGAGAUAUUUGUGUCUUAGCAAAAAAACAAACAUUGUUUUAUAAAAAUCAACUACUGAUAUUAACUUGCUAAAGAAGAUGGUUCUUGGUUUGAACUCUAAACACGAACUGUGAUGUUCAUUGUGUGAAGAUGCAUAAUUUCUGCUCAAUAUCACUGCAAACAUUUUGUUUCUGUGAGAUGAAGAGUGCAAAUUUGUUGAAGAGAUGCAGUAGAAAUCAUUUUGCUACAAAGUAAUUUUCAUCUCAGCAUUUAUGUCCUGGCUCAGUGUUUUAUCCCAAAGGAUGAGAAAAUGUAUUCAUGCAGCACCAGAUAAGAUUCCAAUAGUUAUUCAGGGCCAAAAAUAUUCCUUUGACCUAAGGUUUAAGGACUGUUUUUUGUUUGUUUUUGUUUUUUACUCCCACUUUAAUAACGGUGAGGUCCUUGUUACUCCAAUGUUGGCCCAAGGAGGGUGU